AUGGCUGAUGAGAAAUAUCAAGUUCAAUCAACUUUGAGCCCUUUCAAAACCCAUUUACAACUAAGCCAUGUCUUCCACUUCAUGUUCUUUGUUAUUGGUUUGUCACUUGGAAUGAUAGUUUGUUUAUAUCUCAGAAGCUUCUCGUUCAAUUUACAAGCCACCCUCAACCCUAUAUCUUCACCAAUACCGUCAAAGUCAUUACCCUUAGAAACAAUAAUUGAAGGAACACAUAUUCAUAUGAAAGAACAAGAAUUCCUCAAAAUGCACAAUAUAAGUGAUGAGGAGUUGCUAAAGACAGCAUCUAACGUUCCGAUUCUUAGAGAAUCUGCUUACAAGCAUGAUCCAAAAGUUGCUUUUAUGUUCUUGACAAACGGGCCACUUCCUUUGGCUCCUUUGUGGGAGAAGUUCUUUGAAGGGCAUGAAGGACUCUACUCCAUUUAUGUGCACCCACAUCCUUCUUAUAAUGAUUCGUGGCCUCAAAGUUCUGUCUUCUAUGGUAGAAGAAUUCCUAGCCAGCCCGUCUAUUGGGGAACUGAAACAAUGAUCGAUGCUGAGAGACGUCUAUUAGCGAAUGCCCUCCUUGACUACUCCAAUCAAAGAUUCGCAUUACUCUCUGAAUCUUGUAUUCCGCUGUUCAAUUUCAAGACAACAUAUGACUAUCUCAUGAACUCAAAUCUGAGCUUUCUAGGCUCAUUUGACGAUCCCAGAAAACCAGGUCGUGGUCGGUAUAACCCCAGAAUGUGGCCUGUAAUUAACAUCACCGAUUGGCGAAAAGGGUCCCAGUGGUUUGAGGUACAUCGAGACAUUGCCGUUCACAUUGUAUCCGAUCAAAAAUAUUACCAGGUCUUUAAAGAGCAUUGUCUCCCACCAUGCUACAUGGAUGAACAUUACAUUCCAACGUUGGUGAACUUACUUUACCCCGAGUUAAAUUCAAACCGGAGCAUUACUUGGGUUGAUUGGUCGAGGGGCGGUCCUCAUCCGGGGAAAUUCGGAUGGGGUGAUAUCACGGAUGAAUUCUUGAAUCAAAUUCGGUACGGUUCAGAAUGUGUUUAUAGUGGUAAUACAACCUCAACGUGUCAUGUCUUUGCUAGAAAAUUUUUGCCGCAGGCAUUAGAACCUUUGUUAAGGAUUGCUCCUUUGUUGCUUGAUUUUGAUCCUUGA